AUGGAAGGAAGACAAUAUCCUCCUUCCUACAACCAAAAACAUUUUUACACGCGUCACAAUACUCGUCGCCGUCUUACAUCACAAAUUAUAUUACGUUAUUUUGCUACAGACAAUAAUGAUAAGAGUGGUGGAGAUGAUGAUUUCGAUGACUCGAGAAAUAAGCCUUUUUAUAGGUGGGUUCCAGCAAAACCACAUUUGCUAGUUGAUCAAUUUUUUGACAAACCACUCACCCAAACACCAAAACCCAUUGUUUCUAUAUCCACAUCGACAAACUCAAAAUCAUCUGAUAAUAAUGAUGCGAUUCAAAGAACCACGGCGGAACGAGAAGGAAGUAAAAUGUUUGAAUUCUUGUUAAAGGAAAAACCUUUACGCAGAAAUUUUCGAAAUCCAGAUGAACAGCUCGAGAAAACGAAUAUGGAAUCAUUUACACCAUCGGAAUCCUUAAUAUCUACGUCGUCUUUGCUCUCAGAAUCAUUGGAGAAAACUCAAAGAGAAAUUGAUGUUGAUUACAUCGAUAAAUUGGGAGAAUAUGUUUCGAAUAAUCCUCAACCUUCGCCCGUCAUUCGUUCUCCCAUUUCACCUUCAUCGCCGAAAUCUCCUGCAACUGACUCGACUUCUCUUUCCAGCGAUAUUCCUCCAUUAUCUUUACCCACACAAGACACUACAACUAUAAAAACCCCAAUAAAAGCUGAUCCAGUCAUCACACAUGUAAUAAAUAUGAUCAUGCGAGAUGGGAAGAAAGAACGUGCAAAAAAGCUUUUAUUAAUGGCAUUUCGACAAAUUCGGUUGCAUACCAAUAACAAUCCAGUAAAUAUUAUCAAGGAGGCUAUAGAAAUUGCUGCACCCCGUGUUCGUAUAUUCAAUAAAAAAAAAGGUUCCAAAGUUACCCCGGUGCCUGCGCCUUUGAAUGAACGUCAACGUCAUCAUCGUGCAAUUAAAUGGAUUUUAGAAGCGAGUGAUAAUCGACCAGAAAAAGAUUUCGGUGUGAGAUUUGGGAUGGAGAUUUUAGCUGUUAUUAACGGCGUUAGUAAAGUUUUGGAAAGGAAAGCUCAAGUGCACAAAAUGGCAGUGGCUAAUCGUGCUAAUUUACCAAUCAAGUGGUAG